GUUAAUUUUUAUACCAUAUAAUAUACACUUCCUAGUUCCUACAAUAUUUUCAUUUGUCUUUCUUUUGUUGAUUUCCUUUUGAUUAUUAGCUAUGGACUACGUGAUUAGGAGGAGAAAAUCAGGGUCAAUGAAAAGAGGGAUUAUUCAACCCUUAGAGAUUAAUUGUAAUAGAGAAUUAGUGAUGCUGGAUAAUGAAGAAAGAAUAGAGCUACUAAGUCCAGCUUCAGCUGCAUUUCAUAAGCCAGACUUUAAUAUACAUGUUUUGGCUAUUAUGGGUGUCAAAGUUCCUGUUAAUGUUGAGCUUUUGAAGGCCAAAUUCCCAAGCACCCUUUGCAAACACCCUCGUUUUUCAAGUGUUGUGGAAGGAAAUCCGUGUAAAGGAGAAAAACUGAGAUGGACAAGAACAGAAGUGAACUUAGACAAACACAUCAUAGUUCCAAAAAUAAACCCUGAAAACAUAGAUUCACCAGAAAAGUAUGUUGAAGACUACAUAUACAACCUAAGCAAAACAACCUUAGACAAAUCAAGGCCACUUUGGGACGUCCAUGUCCUAAACCUUAAGCUCUCAGAAGAUGUCAAGGCGGUCACAGUAUUUCGGGUUCAUCAUUCACUUGGCGAUGGCACGUCUUUAAUUUCUCUUCUCUUAGCCCUUACGCGCAAAACAUCUGAUCCCGAAGCUUUGCCAACAAUUCCGGCUUCAAAGCUCUGUAACGAUGAUAACAAUAACAAUAACAAUACGCGUAAAGGGUUAUUUUGGAAAUGGGCUAUAGCCUUAUGGAUGAUCCUGAAAUUGUUUUGGAACACUUCAAUAGAUAUAUUGUUGUUUGUAGCAACUACAUUAUUUUUGAAGGAUAAUUGUCCAUUUAAGAGUUCCCCGGAAGGAGCAAAUGCCCCUAGGCGGGUUGUGUACAAGAUUUUUAGCCUUGACGAUAUGAAGUUUGUGAAGAAUGCAAUUGGUGGUACAAUCAAUGACGUGGCGGUUGGAAUCACGCAGGCUGGUUUAUCUCAGUAUCUUUACAGGAAAUAUGGAAAUAAGGGAGACACUAAUGAAGACACGAGAGGAAAAAUGAAGAGAUUUCUUAGCAAUAUUCGUCUUAGAUCAGUUCUUCUGGUUAAUAUACGACCCUCUGGAGGAGUUCAGGCUUUAGCUGAUAUGAUGGAGAAAGAUGCAGAGGUUAAAUGGGGUAAUUCAGUUGGUUUCAUGCUUCUUCCAUUUACCCUCGGAUUGCAUGAUGAUCCUCUAGAUUACAUCCGAGAUGCCAAGACCAGAGUUGACAAAAAGAAGCAUUCUUUUGAGGCCAUUUACACAUUUUUCAUGGCUGAAAUAGUUAUGAAGUUUUUUGGUUCCAAGGUUGCAAGUGUUAUAUCGGAUAGAAUAAACUCUCAUACAACAAUGGGAUUCUCAAAUUUACCUGGACCUGUGGAGGAUGUUGCCUUCUAUGGCUUACCGCUGGCUUUUGUUGCCCCAUCAUCCUACGGCCAACCACAUGCUGUGCUGAUAAACUUCCAAAGCUACAGUGACAAGAUGACAAUAGUUCUGGCUGUUGAUGAAUACACAGUUCCUGAUCCUCAUCAAUUGUGUGAUGACAUUGUUGAUUCUCUCAAGCUAAUCAAGGAUGCUGUUAUAAAACAAGGUAUUGUCAAACCAAGUUGCCCUUCGUCAUAGGUACCGGCCUAUGCUAAUACCUUACGAGAAAGUGUUGGUAACUUAUUUGGCAUCUCACAUAAUUUUUGGUACCAAAGUUAAGUCAGUGAUAUCAAUAUAGAGUCAUUUGGUACCAAAAUGUAUGUUGGUACCAAACUUACACUUUGAAUUUUGUAGAAAUUUUCUGGACUUCUCAGUAUGAGACGUCAAUCCAAACUCUCUAUCUUAGCUAUGUGAGAUUGUGAAUAUUGUGAAGUAUCAUCACACUGUACGGUCUGCUUCAUCAUGUAAUAAGAUUGUAUUGUACAUGUUAUUAAACGUAAGUGCAUGUUGUAAUUAUAUUGAUCUAUAGCGUAAUUAUAUUAUGUUUCGCAUUGUACGUA